AUGCAAUCCACAAACCUUUUUUUCUCUGUGCUUAACAUUGCAACAUUCAUAUUAGACCCUUCUACUCAAGCUUUGAUCUAUCUAUCUUUAGUUAUGACAUACACGACGCUGACUCAAGGAUUCGCCGCUGUAAUCUUCUUGAUUGCUCUGUACUGUGGAUUAGACCCUUUCAAGCACAGCCCUCUCCAUGGCUUCCCGGAUUUUGAGGCGCACAAAAUUAACAUGCCAUCAUGGUCUGAGGUUCCUAUGGACCAUGACAAACACAACUUGUUGCAAAAAUCGGAGCUCAUGUUUGUGAACCAAGUGCAGGGACCAGAGAGUGUUGCUUUCGAUCCUCAUGGUCUUGGUCCUUACACUGGUGUUGCGGAUGGAAGGAUUUUGUUUUGGAAUGGACUGUCUUGGACUGAUUUUGCAUAUACCUCAUUCAACAGGUCGGAACUAUGCAAUCCUAAGGCAUCAGCAUCGCCACUUAGCUAUGUUGAGACUGAGCACAUCUGUGGAAGACCUUUAGGACUAAGAUUUGACAAGAAAACUGGUGAUUUAUACAUUGCAGAUGCAUAUUUUGGGCUGAUGAAGGUGGGGCCUCAAGGUGGUUUAGCAACAUCUCUUACGACAGAGGCUGAAGGAGUGCCAUUGAGAUUUACUAAUGAUGUAGAUAUUGAUGCAGAAGGAAACAUUUAUUUCACUGAUAGCAGCACUACAUAUCAGAGAAGGAAUUUCAAUCAGCUGAUAUUUUCUGGUGAGAAUAGUGGAAGAGUUUUGAAAUACAGCCCUGCCACCAAGAAAACCACUGUUCUUGCGAGGAAUUUGGGAUUUCCAAAUGGAAUUUCCUUAAGCAAGGAUGAUUCCUUCUUUGUCUUUUCAGAAGGGUUGAUUGGAAGGCUAUGCAAGUACUGGCUAAAAGGAGAUAAAGCUGGAACUUCAGAAAUAUUGGCAAUCCUACCUGGUUUUCCUGACAAUGUGAGAGUCAAUGAAGAUGGUGACUAUUGGGUGGCUAUCCAUUGUAGAAGGUAUAUGUACAGUUACAUAAAUGCUCUCUUCCCUAAAAUGAGAAAAGCCAUACUCAAGCUACCUAUUCCAACAUUGUUUCAUUAUCUGCUUCAAAUCGGAGGCCGGUUCCAUGCAGUCGUCGUAAAAUAUAGCCCUGAAGGUAAAAUUCUACAGAUAUUGGAGGACAGUGAGGGAAAAGUUGUUAAAGCAGUUAGUGAAGUGGAGGAGAAGGAUGGUAAACUCUGGAUGGGAAGUGUUUUAAUGCCUUUCAUUGCAGUUUACCACUUGACAUGA